AUGGCAAACAAAGAUCUCAUCCAAGGCAUCAAAGCCAAGAGAACUGAAAGUUUUACUUUUACCAUUGCACUCUUAGCAUUCCAAAUCUUUAUGGUUGUUUUGUAUGCCGUUUGGGUUAGAUAUUCAAAUGAUGACGAUAGAAAGAAUGACCCAGAGAACCCAAGUUCACUCGAGAAUCCAGUACAAGAAGACGUCGACAAUGUCUAUGGAUACUUCCGUGAUAUCAACAUUAUGAUUUUCUUUGGUUUCGGUUUCCUCAUGACCUUUUUAAGACGUUAUGGUUAUUCUGCCCUCGGUUACACUUUUGUCAUUUCUGCCAUGGUUUGUCAAUGGAGUAUUUUACUCUAUGGUUUCUUUGAAACUGUUCAUCAUGCCGACAAGAAUGAUGAAUAUUUCAGUAGUAAUUUCCAAUUUACAUUAUAUUCUAUGCUUAAUGGAUUAUUUUGCGCUGGAGCUGUAAUGAUCAGUUAUGGUGCAAUUCUUGGUCGUGUUACACCAACUCAAAUGUUGGCUUUGGGUAUCAUUGAACCAAUGUUUUACUUUUUGAACUUGUUCAUUGGCGACAUGGUUUUGAAGGCCGUCGACGUCGGUGGAGGUAUGUACAUUCACACUUUUGGUUGUUACUUUGGUUUGACAGUCGCUUGGUUCUUGACCAACCGCAAGACCAAGGAGUGUCCAGACAACACUGCCUCUUAUAACGGCGAUCUCUUUGCCAUGGCCGGUACCCUCUUCCUCUGGAUGAUGUGGCCAUCUUUCAACGCUGCCAUUGCCCCAGAAGGUGACCCACAAUUCCGUGCCCUCGCCAACACAUUCAUCUCGCUCACAUCGUCCACCAUGGCCACCUUUAUCGUGUCGCGUCUCCUCGGUCACUAUGGCUACAAAUUGGACAUGGUCCACGUACAAAACAGUUCGCUUGCCGGUGGUGUCAUCCAAGGUGUCUUGGCCCACAUGAACAUUUCACCAGCCAUCGCCAUCACUAUGGGUUUCAUCGCUGGUACCAUUUCCGUGUUGGGUUACGUCUUUUUGACUCCACUCUUGCAAAAGCGUCUCAAUAUCCAAGAUACCUGCGGUAUCCACAAUCUCCACGGUAUGCCAGGUUUCCUCGGCUCAAUUGCCGCCAUCAUUGCCUGUGCUCGUGGUAUCAACAACAAAUAUCUCUAUGGCGACGACUAUGAUGCCAUCUUUAGAGCUGGUGACGACCAAGCCCGUGCCAACGCUGCCGCCACCUUUAUCUCGGUCGGUCUUGCCAUUGUCGGUGGUUUGAUCACUGGUUUCAUCCUCAAGCUCAUCGGCCGUAUCGGUCAACUCAAGACUGAAGAAUACUACCAAGACUCUGCUUUCUGGCACGUCCCAAGCGACUAUCCAAAGGACAUCGAGUCUGGCACCGCCCCAGUUGGCGACGAAGAGAAUGGCGCCGUCGAACUCGACAUUAAAAAGGCCGACUUGAACGAACUCAAGAAGAAGGGUUCUUCUAGAGCUUACCGUCGUGAGAUUAUCCGUCUCCUCGAGACUUUGGUCCUCUCUGAAGGUUUGGCUCGCAAGUACGAUAGCAGCGAAAGUGAUCAAGACUCUGACGGAUCCGACUCUGAUGACGAUGAAUCAAACUCUCGCAAGAACCGUCGUGGACAUCACCACUCCAAACGUAGCCACCACAAGAACAAUAAUAAUAACAAUAGAAAGGAUGAAGUCAUCCCAGAGAAAAAGGAACAAGAAAUUAAAAUUCCAGAUUCUUCAAACUAA